AUGGUAAUUAGUGCAGUUGGUUAUUUCCUGGAGCAGAAGUUUUAUACUCCAAAGAAAAUCCCAUAUUUAGAUGCGUCGGUGAAGGAAGGACGUGAAAAACGGCAAAUGGAAAUUGAAUUAGAUUCAGAGUACGGUGCUCUAACGGAUAUUAGCAAAAUUAAGAGUAAAAUAGUACCUGAAUCAAGCUUACUAUUGAAUACAGGUCGAAAAGGUUUGAUUGACAACGAAAACCGUUGUUAG